GGGAUUCCAGAAACGGUUCAAUCCCUUUCCGUCUUUUCUUUUCAAUCGACCAAACGAAAUUCAUUAAAUUACUAUUUUUCACCUUCAGUCCGUUGCAGAGAAGCUUGGGCGAGAAAAGUGUGAUUAGUUUUAGUUAGAGCAAUUCCAGACGUAAUAAAUCACUGCAUUAAUAACUUCGUGUAAUUCUCCAUAGAAAUCUCUGUAUCAUAGCGUCUCUUCUGAGCUUCCCCGAAGUGCUGAAACUUACUUCAAACCCCAGUUUCAGAGCUUAUUGGUUGGAGAGGCCAUGGCCUCGGCUAUAGUAUAUUGUUCUGCUACUCGUCUUCUGGGUUUGCCUUCUCUUACUGCAUUUUCUAGACCCAAAAUAUGCGGUAGAUUUCAGUGUCGUACUUUGGCCGGUGGGAACCCGGCGGUGGUGUCUUCGGAGUCUGUUGAAACCAAUGGAGCUCCUUUCGUUAGAGACCAGGAUGGAAUUGGGUCUAGGAUUGAUGGAGGGAAUGGUCGUUUUGGUCCGAAACGUAUGGACAAUACGAAGAACGUAAUGGGUCUGGAAGAGUUGGAAGUGUUGUGGGAUGAUGGUUUUGGGACUUACAGUGUGAAGGAUUUCCUUGAUAUGGCCAAGGACAUGGUUAAGCCUGAUGGUGGGCCUCCUCGCUGGUUUUGUCCCCUCGAAUGUGGGCGUUCAUUAAAAGAUUCACCUGUGCUACUGUUUUUGCCCGGAAUUGAUGGUACGGGCCUGGGGAUCAUUUUGCAUCAUAAAUCUCUUGGCAAGGUUUUUGAAGUUAGAUGCAUGCAUAUCCCUGUUUAUGAUCGGACAUCAUUUGAAGGACUGGUGAAAUUUGUUGAAGAUGCUGUGAAACUUGAGCAUGCUUUAGCUCCAAAUAAGCCAAUUUAUUUAGUUGGGGAUUCAUUUGGAGGAUGUUUAGCACUUUCAGUUGCUGCUCGUAACCCUUCUAUAGACUUAGUACUGGUAUUAGCCAAUCCAGCAACAUCAUUUGGAAAAUCACAACUUCAACCAUUGCUCCCGGUUUUGGAGGCUUUGCCAAAUAGACUUCAUGUUACUGUCCUUUACCUUCUAAGCUUCAUCAUGGGUGAUCUAAUUAAGAUGGCAAUGGUCAUUGGUGAUGGACUUCCUCCCGCACGAACACUUGAACAAUUGUUGGGAAAUCUCACUGCCUUAUUGCCACAGCUUUCAGGUUUGGCUGAUAUUUUACCCAAGGAGACUCUUUUGUGGAAAUUAAAUCUGCUUAAGGCAGGUGCUGCUUAUGCUAAUUCUCGUGUUCAUGCUGUCAAAGCUGAAGUACUAGUGCUUGCCAGUGGCAAGGACAAUAUGUUGCCUACUGGAGCUGAAGCUCAAAGGCUUUCAAAGUCAUUGCAGAAUUGCAAAGUUCGCUACUUCAAGGAUAAUGCUCAUACUCUAUUCUUGGAAGAUGGUAUUAAUUUGUUGACUAUUAUUAAAGCUACAAGUACAUACCGCCGUUCACAUCGACAUGAUUAUGUCUCAGAUUUUAUUCCACCUACUGCAACAGAAUUCAAAAAAGCAGUUGAUCAAGAUAAUGUAUUGUUUCAUUUGGCUACAAGUUCUGUGAUGCUUUCAACCUUGGAAGAUGGAAAGAUAGUGAGGGGUCUUGCAGGAGUUCCCAAUGAAGGUCCUGUUCUACUAAUUGGUUAUCACAUGUUGCUAGGAUUAGAACUUCCUCCACUCGUUGAAGCAUUCCUGAGGGAGAAGAAAAUUAUGGUUCGUGGUAUGGCUCAUCCUGUAGUAUUCACAAAGGAUUUUGAAACUCUGCAAGGAUUCUCCUAUUUUGAUCAUUUGAGACUAUUUGGCGCAUCACCUGUCUCUGCAAGCAAUCUCUUUAAGUUGUUGUCAACAAAAUCAUAUGUUCUUCUUUAUCCUGGUGGUGCUCGUGAGGCUCUUCAUCGCAAGGGUGAAGAAUAUAAGUUGUUUUGGCCAGAUCAGCCUGAAUUUGUGAGAAUGGCAGCUAGAUUUGGUGCAACAAUUGUACCAUUUGGAGUUGUUGGAGAAGAUGAUGUUGCAGAACUUGUUAUCGAUUACAAUGAUCUAAUGAACAUUCCCUUUGUCAGAGACUGGUUAAAAGAGGCAAGUAUAAAUGCUGCCAGAGUAAGGACCGAUUCAAGUGGGGAGGUAGCAAACCAGUUCCUUUUCAUUCCUGGAGUUUUUCCCAAGAUACCAGGCCGCUUUUACUAUCUGUUUGGGAAACCAGUUGAAACAAAGGGAAGAGUGGAAAUUCUGAAGGAUAGAAAGAAAGCUAGCGAGUUGUACUUGCAGAUAAAAUCUGAAGUUGAAAGCAUGAUGUCCUAUCUGAUAAAGAAGCGAGAGGAGGACCCAUACAGGGGCAUCAUACAAAGGGCUAUCUAUAGAGCUAUUUCAGCUCCAAUGGAUCAAGUCCCCACAUUUAAACUAUGAUCUAUUACAUAUAUAUAAACCAUGGUUAAGUUGGUACAGAAAAUGCAAUUCUAUGCUCGUUUCGUGCAUAUGAAAAUAAUUGAAACUAUUUAUACAUGAUAAGCCCAGUCCCUAGGUCAAUCUAAUCCUUGUAAAGUUAUGUGGCUGUUUCCUAAAUAUCCAGUUAGAUCACUACUCUGCUGAUUUAAGUUUCAAUCAACCACCAUGUUGCCACCCUUAKUGCAUACCUAAUGCUUUAUUUUAAACUUGAUAGAUGCUCCAAUUUUUUUUUUUUUUUUGUAUUUAAAUUUUAAUGUAUUGUUCAGUUCAAAAAUGGCUAUAUUGCGAUAUUUUGAAUUCUGGUACAAUCUGCCAACAUUGACAGGGAAUCAUGAAGGUGUAAGAAUAA